AUCAUCUCCCCGGCGAUGGCCGCCAUGGAUGAUGCCCAGAAGGAGCAGGACGCAUUUCUUGCGCUCUUUUCGACGUUCGACCUGGACCGGCAGGUCGUGUCUGUGUCUGACCUCAGCGAUGGCGCCCCGCUUCUUGCGGUCCUGCAGGGCGUCGACUCGGAAUAUUUCCGUCAAUCUCACCAAUCCGUACAAGGCUCCGAGAACUGGGUUUUACGCGUCAGCUCACUCAAGCGCCUCUACCGUUUAAUGACGCAAUACUACACGGACAUUUUACACCAGCCAACGGCUACGAUAGACGUCCCUGACUUACAGGCCAUGGCGAAGGACCACGAUGCAGCAGCCACUUUAGCCAUGUGUAGGCUUACGAUUGCCAUUGCGGUGCAGAGCCCUCAGAAUCGUGAGAUUAUUAACAAGAUCCAGGGGCUCAGCCAAGAGCAUCAACACUACCUCAUGAGAGCGAUAGAGCAGUCAAUGACCAAGUCGAAGACUGGUGACCGUAGUCCUGACAUUGGAGGAGGUGCAAGUAUGAACGACGAUGAUCACUUCUACCAGAUACAAUCAGAGCGAAGUCGAGUACUGUCUGAAAAGGAAGCUUUAGAGGACGUCUACAAGACCCUAUUAGAAGAGCACCGUACUCUACAGACAAACUUCGACGAUGCUGUGGCAGAGAAAGAGGAGACUCUUCAACGGCUGCGAGAUCUCAACCGCGAAAGAGAUGACCGGAGGAGUGAGAAGGCAGAUGGUGCAAUGCGUGCAGAGAUAGACAGGCUGAGAGUUGAUUUGCAAAAGAGUGAAGACAAUUUAAGCGUAGCUGAAACCGAGCUGGAGAAGCACCGUCGUAUGGUUGACGACCUGCACCAUAGAGUGGAUGAACUCCAGCUCAAGGCCGAUGAAGCCGUUAGACUGAAGGACCAAGUUGACGAGUACCGGCAUGCUGCAGACAAACUUCAGAAAACUGAGAACGUGAUGGAGAAAUACAAGAAGAAGCUCGAAGAAAGUGCGGAUCUGAGGAGGCGAAUAAAGGCUCUCGAAGAACAAAACGCUUCACUUGUGGACAAGAACGCUUCUCUAGAAGAAGAGUACCGAAAAGUUUCCUCGUUCAAACCGUUGCUCGAGUCGUAUAAAUAUCAAAUUUCCGACUUAGAGACUAAGAGUUCCGAGAAGAAUAAGGAAAUUGACGGCUUGAAAUUUGAACUCGAACAGGCUCGAACUCUUUUGAAAAUCUCAGCUGAAGAACGGCAGAAGGACAGCGAAGCUUUGGAACUCUACCAGGAACGCGUGAAGGAACUGGAACUUAUGUCUGUGCGCCCCGUCAGUAAACCUGCAAGGAAAAACUCAUCUGCUGCGGAUGACACGGCAGAGCCGCUUGGUACACCCACGCAGGACGACGAUGCCACAAGUCAUGGGCUUGGGAGCGAACUCGACGAUGCACUUUCCGGCCGAACAACAACUGAUCUCAAGCUCGAGAUACGGAAACUCAAGCGUGAUCUCGAAGCAGCGCGGUCGAAUCAAGCUGAUUCAAGUCGCAUAUUAGUACUGGAGAACCUGCUUGAGGAUGCAAACCGAAUGAAAGCACGUUACGAAGCGGAUUAUCUUGCGGCACAUCGGGAGAAGCUCGUGAUGCAGAAGGACCUUGAAGAAAUCAGAAGUGGCAAAGCUCUGGGUGAUGGAGCGGAGGCAGCAAUUGCCUUGAGACAGAGACUGAAUGAGACUGUCGAGCAGCUUGACACUCUGAGGAACGAGCAUACAGAACUUGAGGUUAACUUCCAAAGCCAAUCGAAGGAGUUAACAAUUGCCAAGUCAGAUCUAAAUCUCGUCAAUAAGGACCAACUUGAGAUCCUUGGUGCUCUGCGGGAAUCCGUCAACGAAGACAAAGUCGCUCUAGAAGCCGACAUGGAGAAGCUCCAAGGCACAAUCAAGGAGCUAUCCGACAAGAACAAGAUGCAGCUGGAACAGAUCAAUGGUCUCCUACUCGAGAAGAUUUCACUGCAGAGCGAGGGUAUAGGCCAGAGAGAAAAGAUGCUCGAGAGAGAACGCAACUUCAGCGAAUUACGUUUGUCGGUCAACGGCAAGGAUAUUCCGGAAGACGUCAAAGCUCGUUUACUCAAGCUACACGAAGAGAAUGUUGCUCUCAAAGAGCAAUUGUCCACUUCACAAGCCAAAUUGACGAAGGCGAGGGCUUUCAUCAAACAGCAAGACAAACUGUUCCGCGCGGAGAACUCGCGCUCGAAUGCCGGUUCACCUGGCAUGUCCGACGACCUAGAGGCUGUCUCGAAGUCACAAAUCAAGAUCUACGAAGAUGAGAUCGAGCGAUAUAAGAAAACCAUCCGCAACAUGCAACUUCGAUACGACAGAGAGCAAAAAUACAUGCUCAGCCUCGUUCACAGCUUCGGCGAACAAAGAGCUAGAGAACACAUUGCUUCGCAGAGCCAGCAGGGUAAAUCAGCUUCUGAUAGCUGGUUAGCUAAGCAGCGGAAACAUCUAGAGAAGAGGCUUCUGCCAUGACAACGGUACGAAAUACACAAAUGUACGACGAAUAAUGACCCCUUUUUUAUGCAUGUCAUACAUAUUUCUGGAGUCCUUCGGAUAUACCCUAUAUACAAACAUCAAGUAGUAGUACCAGCGCUUUCUCCUUUUUCUUCCUUACGACUGCGCUUUUUCCCGCCUUUGUACCUGUUAAUGAUUCAUAUAGAGUUAAUCGAGAGGCUUU